AUCGCAAUCAUGUCAAAACAAUCCUCACAACGCCUACCAGCACCUUCUCUAUUCGUAGGCCCACCCUCUCACAAUGCCAGCAGCGCCUCCCUCACCCGCGCAAACACCGACACAUCGCAAACCUCCAAACCCACCGUCCCAUCCUCUCAAAUCCCCGGUCCCGCCUCUCCAUCUCUAAACCAAGGCAAUCUCUCAAGGACGAAUACAAACCUCUCUCGCCAAGGAACACGAGAUCAACUAUCCCGCCAAAACACACGCGACCAACUAUCACGCUCAAAUACAAAUCUAUCCGUACGAGGAGGAGGAGGAAAUGGAGGAGAAACAGCACAAAACAACCAACAAGAAGAAGGAUCCACAGGACCAGUGUGUUUAUCAAACACCACCAUAAGCGAAGAAGUAAAACGCCAACGACCGCGCCGAGGCACCGCAGUUCUAGAUGCGCAUUGGGCGGCCCUGCAAUCCACACUCUCUGAUAUCGAGUUAUCGGCAGGAAGCUCGGCACAUGUGUUUGGCGAAGGUCACGCAAAAGCACUGGAGGAAUUACGACAAGCGCAGGUGGAAUUGGCGAGAGCUUGGGGCCAGACGGAUGCUGCGGAUUCGGACAUUACGGAGACGAAAGAUAAGAGGAAUAGUAAAGAGUCGAAGAAGGAGAAAGACAACACGGAUGGCAAACCCAAUCCACCGCAGAAUAAACACGACAAGAAUGAAAAGGGAAUGUCGGAACAAGCGCAGAGGAAAUUGUCCACUACGACUUUGGACUUGACGUCGGCAGCUAAACGCAGAGAAACGAGUGAUAAAUACUUUGCGGCUGUUAAAUCAGGAGUUGCGGAAGUGGUCAGGAAGUUAGAUGGAGUGGCUGAUGCCAUGAGGGAGGUGGAAAUGCAGAGUAGGGACAUCUGGGGUGAUGGGGAUGGCAAGGGAAGUGAUGGGAGUAGUGGGUUUGGGAGUUUGAGUUCAUGAAGAAAUAGGAAGAGAGGAGUACUGUAUGGCGACAAUGUGGAUUUCGGAAUGGACAUCGAAAGAGUAAAUUCUGAGAUGAGGGUUUACAGUGUCAUUGAUCUGGACAGAGAAGGCAUAAUACCAGGAAGGAGCAAAGGCGGCGAAGGAGCUACCAGGCAAAUUGCAGGAGCGAGACUGG